AUGUUCAGUGGCUCCUCGAGCCCACCCAAAGAUAAACUAGAAACCAUUCCACACUCGGAGGCCAUCAAUACCCCGUCCCUGACCGUCAAGACCGACGAAGCCACAGUAUCCCAGAAGAAAUUUUCUCCUCCCGGUGGAUUCUUUGGUCGCAGAGCGAGCGACGAACCGAGCCCUGGUGGCGAGAAGAAGAGGAGAAGCAGUACCGUCACCAAAGCAGCGACAUUGUUCUCCAACGCCAAAAACUCGUUAAGUUGGAGCAACUCUCGUGAAACCGCUGCGACCCUUACCGUGGCUCACUCGCCACCUUCUUCUCUACACAAACUUGGGAGAAUGGACCCGGCAUUGAUUGUCCCUCAAGGGUCGUUGAACAAUUCUGCCGGCGAAUCAUUACCCACCCCCCGCUCCUCAUUCAGAGUUGGCGUCACAGAGGAUCGGAACCGAAGAUGUCGUCGGACUAUGGAAGAUACUCAUGCAUACCUCUACAAUUUCUUGGGGACGCCCGCACCCUCUGGCCAGGCUGAUGUCAAUGGCAAAAGACAGUCCGGUGAUGUCUCGCCUACAGCUGUAGAAGAAACCAGCGUUGUCGAAACUGACAAUGGGUAUUUCGCAAUCUUUGACGGACAUGCGGGCACAUUUGCUGCCGAAUGGUGUGGGAAGAAGCUGCAUUUGAUUCUGGAAGAGGUCAUGCGGAAAAACCCCAACACCCCCGUUCCGGAAUUACUUGACCAGACUUUCACUUCGGUCGACCAGCAGCUGGAGAAGCUGCCGUUAAAAAACAGCGGCUGUACCGCUGUCAUUGCUCUUCUACGCUGGGAGGACAGAGUCCCUAGUUCUCAUUCCGUCACCGGCUCUUCUGCAUUGGCUCCGGCCGCUGCCGCCGCCGCCGAACCCAACUCGGAAGCUGACAACACGCCAACUCAAUCAGCAUCUGUGUCUGUGCUUCCAAUAUUGCAAGAGAAAGCCGCCCGUCAACGAGUUCUCUAUACUGCGAAUGUUGGUGACGCUCGCAUCAUUUUAUGUCGCAACGGUAAAGCGCUGCGCUUAUCUUAUGACCACAAAGGAAGUGACGAAAAUGAGGGGAAACGGAUUGCCAACGCUGGAGGAUUGAUACUUAACAACCGAGUAAACGGAGUUCUUGCAGUCACGCGAGCUCUAGGUGAUGCUUAUCUCAAAGACCUUGUGACUGGCCACCCAUACACUACAGAGACAGUCAUCCAACCCGAUCAAGAUGAGUUUAUCAUUCUGGCUUGCGACGGGGUGAGCAACCUUCCUCUUUACUGGCUCUUAUUGAUGCUAAUGUUUGGACAGUUGUGGGACGUAUGUAGUGACCAAGAAGCCGUAGAUCUGAUACGGAAUAUACAGGAUGCUCAGGAAGCCUCAAAAAUGCUGGUCGACCAUGCCCUCGCUCGCUUCAGUACUGAUAACCUCUCUUGCAUGGUGAUUCGGUUUGACAACAACCGUGUCAAAGAGGUCGUCAACCGCACGGUCGACCCUAUCGGUGUUGACGGUGAUCCAGCCACGCAUGCGGGAUACGGAGUGAGCGAGGCUGAUAAGAUUGUCGAGGGGGCGAGAAAGAGCAUGGCCGAUACAGAUAUCACCGAUGACGCCGAGACACCAGAGAAAGCCACGGAUGAGGUUUUACAGAAGAUGGCUGAUGGUGGGCCAGGGCCCGACGUCCCUAUUGAUGAACACAAGGAGACUCCGCCGAAGAAGGUCGAGUCAGUUAAUGGGAAUACAUAA